CACACCCACUACAGCACAGGCGUUCAUCGCCUCGUGGUCACCAUGGACUGCUUGCCGGAGCUGGUCGUGGCCAAGAGGAAAACGAUAUCAAGUUCCAAGAUGGCAAAACGAUUACGAAGGUUUGUCGGUGAAAAUCAGCGUCCGGACGCCCCGGAGGGUGGGGACGGCGACGUAGGGGACGACGAUGUCACAAACGCAACCAAACCCGCCGCGACGGGGGAACUCCUUUGCCGCAUCCCGGAAGAGACGCUGUUCCAGCUCCAGCAGAUCUACGAGGCUCUCGAGGGUGCGAGCGGCGUCAAGCCGGCGUCGAGGGCGCCAAGCUUGACGGACAUCAUUGCUGCAAGUGCCGGUGAUAACGGUGAAACAGAACCGAGCGGAGGAAACGAGGCUUCCGUGGUAACGCCUGAGAAGACGACCAAGAAGAGGGCAAGGGGAGGCGAGGAGCCCGCUACGGCUUCCAAGGCUAACGGCGGCGGCGGCGGCGGCAGCAGCAUAGGGGCGAGCCCGAAGAUGAAGAAGAAGGCCAGGAGAAAGAGCAACGCGACGUGA